UCGUUGAAAUCUCUUAUUUAUUUACUUUUCGCUCACAUUUGUACACAAAAGUAUGAAUUUAUAAGCUCGAAGUAACAAAAUUAAAGACCGAUUAUUGUUUCGUAUCACAGUCACACAACAAUGUCUUCUAAGAUCACUUUGAGCAAAAUACUACGUAAUAUUCUGUCCACUAAGUCUGAUUAUUGUUGCUUGUGUUUCAAUUCUAUUAAUGAAACAGAAAUUAGUUACAAACUUCAGGAUGAGAUUGGUUUAGGUAAUGAUACGAAAACUGAAAUAAUGCAUGAAGUUAUUUCUGACGUUUUGGGGGUCAAAGUGGAUAGCAUAAGUGAAUAUGAUACAAUUUGUCAACAAUGUGUAGAAAUAAUUAUAAAUAGCUACAAAUUUAUUAAACAGUGUAGAAGUAAUAUGGAGCGAAUCCACAAUUUAGCUAAAUCUCUUCUGCAACAGACUCAAGAGCUAAGUGAACUUGAUUGUGAUUUUAAAACAGUAUUCAUAGUAGUGGACUCUUGUAAUUCUGAUGUUGAAUUAUAUUAUGAUAAAUACCGAAACUCAUAUGACCAAACUUUGUUACAAAAGAGAUUUCAAAAACUACUGAAUGAUUCUCUAAACCUAUACAUUGAUUUUGAAUUGGAGCCAAAGUGCAGCAGUAAAGGCGAAGAGUCAAAGACAAUUAAAAAGAAGUCCAUUCCACUUGGUGAUAUAGUACUCAAUAAAAAUGACCUAAAUAAUUUAAAAUGUAAGUUUUGCUUGAAAAUCUUCCCAACAGCUAUGAAGAUAAAACAACAUUAUGUAAGUGUACAUGGACCAAAAAAAUUUCAGUGUACAAAAUGUCCAAAACGUUUUAGGACUGUUGGUUUCCAGAAAGCGCAUAUGAAGUUCAGUCACUGUGAUCUUUACUGCAGCUUUUGUGGCAAGAAUUUCGAUAAAUUUCGCAAUCUCAAAAAUCACGAAGAAAGUCAUGUGUCAUGCCUCUGUUGUAAAACCUGUGGUAAAACAUACAAAGUAAAGAAAUCAUACAUUCAUCACAUUGAAAACAAAAUGUGUAAAAAGUUGAGAAAGUCAAACGCUGAAUCCAUAUUUGAAUGUGAUUACUGUGGCAAAAAGUAUUCUCAGAAACAUAAUUUAGUUAUUCAUAUUCGCUUUGCUCAUGAAAAUGGGAAAGCUUUUGAGUGUGGUAGUUGCAGUAAAACUUUUGCUUUUAAAAGCAAGCUAGAAGCUCAUAUUGUAAAACAUACAAAACAAAAGAAUCAUGAUUGUACGGAAUGCGGAAAAAGGUUUGCGUCAAAGACUACACUGCUUGUUCACACAAGAACACACACGGGUGAGAAGCCUUACAAGUGUGAAUAUUGUGAAAUGUCAUUUUCGUCCUCAUCUCGUCGCUGGGACCAUGUGAAGGGAGAGCAUACAGAGAGAAACAUGGAAUGUGAUAUUUGUCAUGGAAGAUUUAAACGAACCAAGACCUUAAAUAGACAUAGAAAAUUGCAUUUUGAUAUUAGGAGCAGAUUGUAUCAAAACAAGCCAAGUAAAAUGAUUCAGUCUAAGCAUAGAGAACAAAUGACUAGUGAAGAUGCAAUAAUGGAAAAUCUCCUAAGAAAAUAGUUCAUAAUACCAUAAAUCUAUCUCAGA